CAGAAUGGAAGCGCUCGCUGGAGUGGCUGCUGCACUACUCCAGCGCUCGCCGCCGCCACCACCACCACCGCCGUCGCAGACAAACACACAACAACACCAGACAAACACACUGCCAAGUCCACACCCGCGGCGGACAGCCGGAAACGAGCAGCAAGAGGCACAAAGUAGCAGCGUCGAUGCUGGUGCUCCUCACAUCCAAACUCACCAGGCGUCGCACCCGAGCAGCACCCUCCUGCUGCCGCCGCCAACCGCUUGUGCCAACACUGGUGGCUCUGGCUCAGGAGUAGGAGGAGCAGCAGGCGCAACAACACCCCCGUCGGAUGCUGUCCCGCCUGCAUGCUCGACAAGUGAUUCGUCGGAAUGGGCACCAACCUCGAGCACUCCAGCGGCGACGACGCGGACCUGCUUUGCAAGUCCAUUGCAGCCGGCUUGCUCUGCCGACACGAGUCCGAGUCUGCCCAUUGGGAGCGAGGCGGCGGCGAUGGCGCGUGUGCGCAGUCAGAGUGCGGCGAGCGCUGGCUCGUACAGCGACUCGCUCGAUUCCUACAACGAAGACGACGACCAGUGCGACGACCAGUCCUUGAAUCUGCAGUCGCUGGUCUUGGACGCCACGUUCAAUGCAGCCUUGCUCGACCAGGACGAGGUCGACGAGGUGCGAAACAGCACCACCUUUGCCGUCGCGACGCGAAGAACUGGCAGCAACCUGACCACUCGCCAGCUGUCUGUGGUGCUGCUCCAGGUCCAACCAGACGGCACAACGGACCCAUCAAGCAUUCUUCACGACGACCGCAACGGCGAUGCCACGUCCGCCAUCACUCCCGCCGUCCCCGGAUCUGCCGAAGUCGACGACGACGAGAUUGCCGAUCCGCGCAUCAAAGGAGCGCUCGAAGCCUUGAACUUUGCGACCGAGGAAAUCAACCGCCUUGAGCGAGAGUUGGAGGCAUCCAAACGAACGCUGCGUGUCUUGGACCGUGAUGGCGCCAAACAAUUACUUGCUCUUGCUCAGAAACUGGGCAAAGCAGUCGACCGCAGCAGGGCGUACUACAAUCUAAAGCACGAAGCGAGCGAGGCUCAUCGGCUUGCGAUUGAAGCAGCAAAAACCUUUGAAAAGGCAUGUAGUGCCCACGACGCUGCCAAGGAGCGGCUCGCCAAAGCAGAGCGCCAUGUUCUAACUGACAACAAGAAAAUCGAUCCUGUCUGGCAUGACAUGAUGGCAACUGCUGCCACACAAGUAAUCGAGUCGGAGAACGCCAAGCGAGAUGCUUCCACCACACACCAGGCCCUUCUCAGUGCAGCGGCCCAUGUGAGCACCAAGCUCGAAGCUGCCGCCCGCGACAUUAAGCCUCGGAUAGCCAAGGCCAAACCGUACUACGAUUUGCAGAAUGAGCUCCGAGAACAGCGCACAAAGCUGGUCGACAAGCAAACGUUUCUCGCGGAAGAGAUUGCGCUCGCAAAGCGGCACGUCCAGUACUCGCUUUCAAACUUAAACGACAUUAGUAUGGAAAUUCACGAGCAACGCCGCGCUCGAAAGGCAGAGGCGUCUGGCUCGGUCAACAGUCACCCCGGAGAUGUGUCAACGGCUGAGCUCGAGUCCACGACUGUCGAGGAAUUAACGGCCACUGCAGUUGUCACCACAUCGGCUUCAGUCUUAAGCAUGACCGUGGCCACUUGAAAACAACGCACCGUGUUAUUCUUUCCCACCCCACCCCCCAUCACUCAUUUCAAUCCAUGCGUUUGAAGAGUUCGUUGGUUUCAUGUUAACAACUAUUCCAUUAGGCAAUACAAAAAAGUUAUUCAGUGCCA